AGAACGAGGCGAAGCAGGCUGAGGGGAGUGACCCCCACCAGAUGCAGUAAAGGGGGUGGCAGGAAAGGAAGGAAGGCUGUGGGGGGAGGAGGAGGAGGGAGGGUGUAGAGGAGGAUGAGGAGGGGCGGGAGCAGAGCGUACCAGCGUGCGGAAGCAGUGACUAUAGGGAAUCUGGUUUCCUAGACCCGGCAGUGAGAGGGGAGGAGGCUGAGCCAGAUUUGCCUUAUGACACUCCCAGUCUUUUAAGGCCCUGAGCUCAGCUAACAGUCUCUGGACUCUCCGCGAGUCUGGAUCUCAGCACACAGGGCAACACACACACACACACACACACACACACACACACACACAUCCCUGAGCAUUCUCUCAGGCCGGCCAUCCAGGGUCCUACCCCUCAGUAUCUGAGGCCCUCUCUGGGAGAGCCGUCUCCUGAAGAGUACCCACCUCUGGAGUUCUGACUUACAAUAUCCCCAGAGAGAUCUUCACUUUUGGGGAAAGCAUCUGGAACAAUUCGCCCGCAUCUCCUUCUUUUUGGCAACACAUUUCCAUUGGCAUGAUUCAAGAAUAGCAAUGGAUCCUGAAGGUUCACGUAUCCAAGAUGACCCAGAUGUCAAGGUGAUGAUAGCGGGGUCGACUCUGAGAAAAGUCAAGUCAAAAUCGUGGAAGAAGCAGCGCCAUUUCCGCCUGCUGGAGGAUGGCCUGACGAUCUGGUACAAGUCCAGAUGGGCGGGGAAAGGCCACUCCACGUUCUCAGUUACCGAGGUGGAGGCUGUGCGUGAGGGCCACCAGUCGGAGGUCCUGCUGAGCAUCGCUGAGGAGUUCCCCGCUGACGUCUGCUUCACCUUAGUGUUUCACGGCCGCCAAGGCAACCUGGACCUUGUGGCCGACUCGCCGCAGGAAGCCAAGGCCUGGAUCCAGGGAGUGCGCAAGCUGAUUCACAAGGCUCAAACGAUGGAUGAGAAGGAGAGGCUGGACCAGUGGGUCUGGGACUGGUUUCAGAAAGCCGACAAAAACAAAGACGGGAAGAUGAAUUUCAAAGAGGUGCGGACACUGCUGAAGAUGAUGAAUGUAGACAUGAAUGAGGAACACGCUCUGCAUCUCUUCACGAUGGCUGACAAGUCGGAGAGUGGCUCUUUGGAAAUCGAGCAGUUCGUCCAUUUCUAUAGGAUGCUGACUCAGAGGGAUGAAGUGUGGAAGGUGUUCCAGGACUACUCCGGAGAUGGAGAGAAGUUAAUGUUGGACGAGCUGGAGAACUUCCUGAGCAUAGAGCAGCAGGAGGGAGAGCAGAGUUCCCAGCAUGCCCAGGAGCUGAUUGACCGCUACGAACCAUCUGAAUCAGCCAAGAAGCAGAGCGCCAUGUCAUUGGAUGGCUUCCAGAUGUACUUGUGCUCACGGGAGGGCUCCGUAUUUAAACCUGAGCAUCGGCAGCUUCACCAGGACAUGAGCCAGCCGCUUAGCCACUACUUCAUCUCCUCCUCACACAACACCUACCUCCUGGAGGACCAGCUGCGAGGACAGAGCAGCCGGGAGGCAUACAUCCAAGCCCUGAAGAGAGGCUGCCGUUGUGUAGAGGUGGACUGCUGGGACGGCAGUGACGGGGAACCCGUCGUGUAUCAUGGUCACACUUUGACUUCUAAGAUUCUUUUCAGAGACGUCAUUUCGACGCUGAAGGAAUACGCCUUCAAGGCAUCGGACUUCCCAGUCAUCCUGUCUCUUGAGAAUCACUGUGGCGUGGAGCAGCAGACAGUCAUGGCCAAGCACCUAAGUCAAAUCUUGGGUGACACACUACUGACCACCCUGCUGGAUGGGCAGGUCCCUCAACAGCUUCCGUCUCCACAGGAACUGAGGGGAAAAAUUCUGCUGAAGGCCAAGAAGAUUAGCGGUCCAGGAGACUGUGUCGAUGAAACCCUGACAGAUGAAAUAAGUGAUGAGGAAGAGAUGGCCAAUGAUGAUGCUGAGAGCCUGUCACCAGGGGACCCACCUGCUGAGUGUUUGAAUGAAACGGGGAAGAAAUCCAAGUCCAAACUGUCCAGGGAGCUGUCAGACCUGGUGGUUUACUGCAAGAGUGUGCACUUCCAUGGCUUUGAGCAUGCUCGUUCACACGCCGAAUGCUGUGAGAUGUCCUCAUUCUCUGAGUCCAAGACCAAGAGGCUUGCUAAGGAAGCAGGGACAGAUUUUGUGCAGUACAACACACGGCAGCUGAGCAGGAUCUACCCCGGUGGCCUCAGGACUGAAUCCUCCAACUACAACCCGCAGGAGAUGUGGAAUGUGGGCUGCCAGAUAGUGGCUCUGAACUUCCAGACAGCAGGUCUGGAAAUGGAUCUGAAUGACGGGCUGUUCGGGCAGAACGGCUGCUGCGGCUACGUCCUCAAGCCUGACUUCAUGAGAGACAGCAGCACUCAGUUCAGUCCGGAGAAGCCCAAGGAGCGGCAAGGCUACAAACCACUCCGCUUAUCCAUACAGGUGAUCAGUGGGCAGCAGCUCCCAAAGGUGAAUCAGAAAGAGGGCUCUAUUGUAGACCCCCUGGUCAGAGUGGAGAUCUAUGGGGUCCCACAGGACCAGGCCAAGGAAGAGACCAGUCACAUUAACAACAAUGGUUUUAACCCAGUGUGGAAUGAAACUUUAAAUUUUGUCAUCCACGCCCCCGAGCUGGCCCUGGUACGCUUCGAGGUGGAGGACUACGAUAAGGCGUCCAGGAACGACUUCAUUGGACAGUUCACUCUUCCGUUUACGUGCAUCCAAGCAGGAUAUCGUCACAUUCACCUGCUCUCCAAGGAUGGAACAGCCAUCCCUCCCGCCUCCCUCUUUGUCAACGUCAGCAUCUCAGAGCUCACAUGAGGAAGUCACAUGUGAGGAUACGAAGCCAGAGGUGGACCACAGUCCUGUGUCCUCAUUUGCCUGAUGAAGAAUGAGAACAGUAUGGUAGCUCAUUUCCGCCAGCAAAAAAAAAAAAAUAGAAAAAAUUUGAAUUAUGAAUUUUUCGGACGAAAUUAUGAGAUACUUUAACACAACAGUCGUAGAAGCAGCUCUUCACAGGUUACCCUACAUUUGACAUAUAAAUGGAUCGUGAGUACAUGGAAGACUACUUUAAACGUGGCUUUACAACACAUGAAAUACUUCAAUUGCUUGCUGUUUCAUGUGGAUUGUACUGAGCAAAUGCACCCUUGAAAGGAUUUUAAGCAAGAAGCAGCUCUGGAGUAGAAAGAAUAUAACCGAUUUGGCUGAGGUGGCAACCUUCAUUAAACAGAAACUGGAAACAUCUGGUCUGUGUCAUGGUUACAGAUGGAUGCAGCAAAAGAGUUGGUGCAUUUUUAUUUUUUUA